UGUGAACCAGUGGAUCAGGUACCACGUGGUCACACAUCACAAUGUGACGAGGCGAAGCAGGAAGUAAACAUGCAACUUUAGACACUCUUUGAUACAAAUGAUAUAAUCGGUCGUUACUGUGUAGCCUUUUUAGCCUCAUUAAGAGAUGCUCUGUUGUCUUUUUUGCACACAAUUGCCAGGAAAGUAGUCCAAAGUAGUUCAACCAGAUAGCAGUUUUGCAGGAGCAUGUUUCACCAAAAUUACCCCUGCAAAGCAUUUGUCUGCAGACUGAUUCUCCUCCGUGUGCAGUUUAAUAAACGACUUGUAACAAUGUCAAUACCGAAGCUAUCAGAAGAAAACUCUAAGCGACCGAGAGGCAGAAACCAGGAGCAGGCUGAGAGACAGCUCACAGAGGAAGAGAUGAGCAUCCAUAGAGCCCACAGAGAGGCGUGUGAGGCGAAGAAGCAGAUGUACGUCGACCCUUCCAGUGGGUACAAGGUGUUCACAGAGUAUGCCCACCUUCACAGAGGGAAAUGUUGUGGCAGCGCAUGCAGACAUUGUCCAUAUGGCCAAGUCAACGUGAAGGACCCUGCAAUGAAGAAACAGUUUAAUUCUCUAUUUUAUGUGUAGGCCUAACCUGACGGAGGUAAAACGCCUGUUCAGACUGGAACCCAGAACACGCUGCCUGUCGUUGUUUGGACUACUUGAGAGUCAUUUUUAGCAGUGUACUAAAUGAUGAAAUACGGUUAGUGUCUGUGCAAUAUCUACCUCCUGUGAAUCACAACUAUUCUCAGGAUUAUUUUUUAUUCUCACAAGACAGGGGGAGGAGGAGGAGAGAGGAUUUGUUCACUAGAACCUCAUGUAAAAUAGUCUUUUAUCACAUUUUUGUUUUGCUGUAUUUUUCAGAUAUUUUUCUCGAAUGUCCAAUGAAAUGCCUUGAGCUUCA